CACGCCUCUGGUCGCCACUGAGCGAGGCCUGAGUUCCCGGCUGGAACACGUACCUUCCCGUCGCUUCCUGUGUUCUACGGUUACGGCUUCCUGGGCCAGACCUGGGGACCAGCUGGAAGCAGAGUCGGCCAGUCUGGCCGGCGAGGGGCGCGGGAUAAGGCAAGACGGUGAAAGUGCGCGGCAGAGGUGGUCCUUGCGGGCCUGCACGGACUCCUGACGCUCGCAGGCACGAUGAAGGCACUGAUCUUAGUGGGCGGUUAUGGGACGCGGUUGCGGCCGCUGACGCUGAGCAUCCCGAAGCCGCUGGUGGACUUUUGUAACAAACCCAUCUUGCUGCACCAAGUGGAGGCGCUUGCCGCGGCAGGUGUGGAUCACGUGAUCUUGGCCGUGAGCUACAUGUCUCAAGUGCUGGAGAAGGAAAUGAAGGCCCAGGAGCAUAGGUUGGGUAUUCGAAUUUCCAUGUCUCACGAAGAGGAACCUUUGGGGACAGCUGGUCCUCUAGCACUGGCCCGUGACCUGCUCACUGAGACUGCAGACCCUUUCUUCGUCCUCAAUAGUGAUGUGACCUGUGAUUUCCCCUUCCAAGCCAUGGUGCAGUUCCAUCGACACCAUGGUCAGGAAGGCUCCAUCCUGGUGACCAAAGUGGAGGAGCCUUCGAAGUAUGGUGUGGUGGUAUGUGAGGCAGACACAGGCCGCAUUCACCGGUUUGUGGAGAAGCCACAGGUAUUUGUGUCCAAUAAGAUCAACGCAGGCAUAUACAUCCUGAGCCCUGCUGUGCUGCAACGCAUCCAGCUGCAGCCUACAUCCAUUGAGAAGGAGGUCUUCCCCGUUAUGGCCAAGGAGGGCCAGCUAUAUGCCAUGGAGCUGCAGGGCUUCUGGAUGGACAUCGGACAGCCCAAGGAUUUCCUCACUGGCAUGUGCCUCUUCCUGCAGUCACUGAGGCAGAAGCAGCCUGAACGACUAUACUCAGGCCCUGGCAUUGUGGGCAACGUGCUUGUGGACCCAAGUGCCCGUAUUGGCCAGAAUUGCAGCAUUGGCCCCAAUGUCAGCCUCGGUCCUGGUGUGGUGGUAGAAGAUGGCGUGUGCAUCCGGCGGUGCACGGUGCUGCGGGAUGCCCGCAUCUGCUCCCACUCCUGGCUAGAGUCAUGCAUUGUGGGCUGGCGCUGCCGUGUGGGCCAGUGGGUGCGUAUGGAGAAUGUAACAGUUCUGGGCGAGGAUGUCAUUGUUAACGAUGAGCUCUACCUCAAUGGAGCCAGUGUGCUGCCCCACAAGUCAAUUGGUGAAUCGGUACCAGAGCCUCGCAUCAUCAUGUGAGGGCCUUUAUGGGGCAAGCCAGGCCAUUUCCCCAUCAGCAGGAGUACUGGCUGGAUACAUCAGGAGGCCCUGGACUUGGUGCCACUUUCCUGAGGAGGAGUAGACAAGGCCAAAAGUGUAGCAGGACACCUGCCUUCUUGUAUGGACAUAACUGACAGCACCCCUGCUAAACACACCACGUAAACUCUACUCCUUCAAGAAGGGCUGUGGCCAGGGUUGUAUACAAUAAUAAUUUAAUGCUCAUUAUGGCCCUGACUGAAAGUUGAGCACAGGCAUAAUUAGGAUCAUGGCUGGGCUCCCACCAAUGAGGCUACAGGCAGGCGAGAAGGAGGCUGGACAUGGUGGGAGGGAGGUGGGGUGAAGCAGAAUGAGCUCAUAAAUAGGGCUCAGCUUGGGUCAGCCUUUAAGGGUGGAGGUUGUAGGAUGGUGCAGGCCAUGGUUAGGCAGACCUAGGUAGCCGAGGAGGUAGCACCUGUAUUUGCUACUUUGUCCCAAUCCUCUACAGACACGAUGGUGGCUUUGCAGAAGAAGCAGUCCUUGUUGUUCAUGAGGUGCUGGUUGAUACAGGCUCUACAAUGGAAGGGGAUAAGGACUCCCUGUGUGUCCUGGUGCCCCUCCCACAAGCCCAUGGGGCCCACUUACUUGCAAGAUUUGUGACCACAGGGCUGGAACACAGCGGAGAUGGGGUGAGCGUAGCAGAUGGGGCAGAGGUCCUCCUCGCUAGUGGGCUAAGGGAGGAGCAUGGAGGUUGUGCCGGAGUUGGACACAAGACACCUACACUGGUGCACACCAAGAUUCAGAUGGCAUGGAUUUGCAUGCUGUGGAUCCACUCACCAAGGACGCAGCUGCCACCUGAGCAGAUGCAGAGGUCAGAUGAGCCAGCAUUUGCUCCACCUGGGCCAGCUCCUCCGCACUGAUAUAAUCUGUGUCUGGGUGAGCAGGAGGUAUGGUCAGGCCCAGUGUGGCCCUGGAACCUGGUGUCUUCAGUAUUUCCAGCCUUUGCUGUUCUUGACUCUGAUCUCAGGCAGUCCCAGAUCUCUGACCCACCCCAGGGCCCACUUACAGCUCUGCAGGGAGAAACGCUUCCGGUCUGGGGCGGGCAGGGCAGUGCCAGGUGCUGGAGGCUCUGACUGCCCCAGGAGGUAGCAUAUAGAACGAAGCUGGAAACAGGGGUCAGCCAGGAGCACUGACGUGGCUCGCUCUGUCCUAGGUAGGGAAGAUUUAAGAAUGCUGCGGUGGCUUUGGGGCUGUUUAUGGGAAGUAAUCUAUGAGCAGGCUGUGUGAUAAUCCAGAUCUUAUGUCAUUGCCCCUUCACCCUUUGCUGCUUGCCAAUCCUUAAAUCUUGGGUCACAGGUCCAAUAUAAUCAAAUGCCCAUUGAAGGGGGGGACGGUGCAGUCUUACAAUAGAAAAAUUCACUGCAAAUAAAGAAUUUGAGCAGCCACAGCGGCACAGAAACAAA